UCAACUGUAGUUCGAGGCGCACUUCGGGCCGUGAAACGCAGCCGCAGUGUUCCCAGCGGUCCCUCGUCGGCUUGCCCAAGGCGGACUUCCCGAAGAAUAGGACCCGAGUCGGUGUGCACCGUUACUCUCUGCAUUUUGAGGUCUUCGCCUGCACCUAAGGCCCUCCCUGCCAGGCGCAUCAUGGCCCUUGAGAGUGCACAGUGCGGCGAGGUGGCGGCAUCGUCAGCGGCGCCGCGUGCUCCACGGGGAAAGCGUGGAGGGCAGCAGGCGCUCCACUGUGCAGUCUGCGAGAAGGAGUUCCGAUGCAAGAGUGUCCUCCAGGCGCACUUGCGGAUCCACACCGGGGAGAAGCCUUUCGAGUGCACGUUCUGCGAGGAGAAGUUUGCUCAAAGUGGAAACCUAACAAGGCACCUUCGCACCCACACCAAGGUGAAGCCGUUUGAGUGCGUAGUUUGCCAGAAGAAGUUCUCUCACAGUGAGGGUCUAAAAUUGCACCUUCGGACCCACACCGGGGAGAAGCCUUUCGAGUGCGCAGUUUGUCUGAAGAAGUUUUCAGUGAGUGGGAGUCUGAGAACGCACCUGCGGAUCCACACAAAGGACAAGCCAUUCGAAUGCACAAUUUGCAUGAAGAGUUUCUCUAUGAGUGGGAGUCUGCGUGUGCACCUUCGGAUCCACACCGGGGAGAAGCCUUUCGAGUGCACAGUGUGCAAGAACAAAUUCACUGUAAGAUCGAGUUUGAUAGAGCACCUUCGCAUCCACACUGGGGAGAAGCCUUUCGAGUGCACAGUUUGCAAGAAGGGUUUCAGGAAAGGUGGAGAUCUUAGAACGCACCUACGGACCCACACCGCGGAGAAGCCUUUCGAGUGCACAGUUUGCAAGAAGAGUUUCAGGAAAAGUGGAGAUCUUAGAACGCACCUACGGACCCACACCGGGGAGAAGCCUUUCGAGUGCACCGUUUGCAAGAAGAGUUUCAGGGCAAGUGGAGAUCUUAGAACGCACCUACGGACCCACACCGGGGAGAAGCCUUUCGAGUGCGCAGUUUGCAAGAACAAAUUCACUGCUAGUUCGAGUUUGAGAGAGCACCUUCGCAUCCACACUGGGGAGAAGCCUUUCGAGUGCACAGUUUGCAAGAAGAGUUUCAGGACAAGUGGAGAUCUUAGAACGCACCAACGGACCCACACCGGGGAGAAGCCUUACGAGUGCACCGUUUGUAAGAAGAGUUUCAGUACAUCCGGAAACCUCAGAAGGCAUCUCAGAACCCACACUAGGUAGAAGCCUUUCGAGUUCUCAGUCAGCAAGAAAAAGUGCAGCACGAGCAGCAACCACAAACAGCACAUCCGGACACACCAAGGAGGAACUAUCUGACCUAGGUCAAGUGUGGUUGCAAUGUAUUGGUUUUUGCUUUGGUCAGUCCAAGUACAAAUCCCCUCUUAGGACGCUUUCUGAACUCGUGCCCAUCCAAGGGCUCCCAAGUGUAAGAAAUGUUCCCUUUUAAUUCAAAAAUAACAGUUGUUGAAUCAAUAGGGUUGAUUGCAAAACGAGGCGCUCCAUUUAAUACUGCCAAUCAUUAGUUUUUUUUCAAAACUGUUUUUAUUUUUCUUUUGUGUUAAGCAGAUAAGUCUUUUUCUAGGAAAAGAGAAACAUUGUCAGAAGACUUGAAAUAAUACACAUCUAGGCAGAUCAGUUCAGAGCAAAGAUUGCGAAAUAAUUGACUUGCUCCUUUUUAACUAGCUUCCCGUUUAUUCUAAAAAAAGAAACAACUGAUGGACAAACCAAAUGUGUUCAGAACAGCGCUGAAAAUAUCUUAUUACAACGGACACCUUGUUCAGCAAUAUUUGAUCAAAGUCUCCAAUGGGUAAAUUCCUUAGUGAGGUGCUGAGAACAGCCCCAAAUGUAGAAAACUUUCGCUUGUAAAACUUGAACUGUCAAAUAAAUAAAAAUACUCAUUUCUUAGAAA